AUGGCGUCCUUUCUGUUCCGAAAAUUUUAUUUAUACUUUUGUAUCCCGAUCAAAGAAUGGAUCGUCGAAAGUAAUACAAAAGCCCUUCAACAAUACGUCACCGAAAAAGGAGUGGCUUUCCUGCUCAACCCCGCACUUAGCUCAAAACUCCUUGAUGUUGCCGUCAGCAUUCCGACGAUACAAAUGGAGUUACAGAACAAUCCGAUA